GUUGUAUUUUCGAAUUAAAUGGCCACGAAGCUAAUCGCCGCUUUGGGGGGACACGUGUAAAGUGGCCACAGGCGCGUAGCCACGCAGCUGCAGGCACUUGGCCGCGGGGGCGCGCGCCGCGGGAGCGCGCAGGCCGAGGAGGAAGUCCCGUAGCCCAAGUGUGUGUGGGACUCGGAGAAGCGCCGGGCCGCGCUGACCCGAUUGUCUGUGCCGCGCCAGAAAUUCCAGCCCAACGCUCGACUGCAGAUAAUAUAUCGGAGCGAUGUUCGAGUCCCCGCGGAAGCGCUCGAGCCGGAGCGCGUGGUCGGGGAGCCGCGAGGAGCCACGCGAGAUGCAACCGGUGUCUGCAGCGCGUGGAAACCGGAAGGCGUGCAAGAAGAAGCAGAUACAGCACGAAGGAGCGCGGCGCUGCGCGUCGCUCCCUCCCCCGUCGGACGGGGGGUCCUCGGCGCCGGCGGGGGCUGGACAGAGGAGGACCGAGGAGAGAGCAGUCGCAGCGAACCCGGAGGAGACCAUUGUUAGGGGGAUAUUCCAGAUAGAGAAGAAGAGCUGCGACGUGGUGCUCACCGCGCACAGAGUAACAUGGACCCCCAUCGAGCCCGAGACCCCUACAGGGGAGUCGGACACCCGGAGGCGGGAGGAACACGUGGAGCUCAGGGAUGUCUUUGCCGUGAAGGUGAAGCGGCGGCGGUCUGUAGGCCAGCAAACGGGGGGCACGCUGUUGGGCCUCACGUUGUUCUGCUGUGCGAGGAAGGGCUCCAAGCUGAAGGAGCAGACGAUCCAUCUCAAUAACCUGAGCGCAGACCACUGUGAAGUCUGGUUCCAGCAUCUGAAGGACCUCCUGAGUGGUUUCGCGGACAGACCCAAAUCGCUGAAGGUGUUUGUGAACCCCGCCAGCCAUCGAAAGGAGGCCUACCACGUCUACCGGGAUGAAGUGGCUCCCCUCUUCAAGCUGGCAGACAUCAAGACUGAUGUGACCAUCACCGAGAGGAAAGGACACGCCCUGGCCGUCCUCAAGGAGUGCACGCUGGACGAGUACGAUGGCGUGGUGUGUGUCGGGGGGGACGGAUCCGUCGCCGAGGUGGUCCACGGGCUGCUGCUCCGGGCCCAGAUGGACGCUGGGAGGGACGCAGACUCCAUCUUCACGCCUGUCCGAGCAGCGCUUCCUCUCGGCGUAAUACCAGCAGGCUCCGCUGACAUCAUCGCCUACUCCGUUCACGGAAUAAGACAUCCAGUCACGGCUGCAAUGCACAUCAUCAUGGGUCACCGGCAGGCUGUGGACACGUGCAGCUUCAGCUCGCUGGGUCGGCUCCUGCGCUUCGGCUUCUGUGCCAUGUACGGCUUUGGCGGGCGAACGCUGGCCCUGGCAGAGAGACACCGCUGGAUGCCCCCCAGCCAGCGGCGGGAGUUCGCCCUGAUCAGAGCGCUGGCAAACCUUAAGCCUGAGGACUGUGAAGUGUCCUUCCUACCUCUGAACGUGGCCCCUGGAGGACCUCAGGACCCCCGGAGAGCGCAAGUCAACGGCAGAAAGGCGGACAGCACGUGGCAGACCACCCAGGGCCUCUUCCUCAACAUCAGUGUCAUGGCCAUCCCCUGCCUGUGUUCUAUGGCACCCAGGGGCCUGGCCCCCAACACCAGUCUGGACAACGGCAGCAUGGCACUCAUCGCGGUGGGAAAUGCUUCCAGGUCGGAGUUUGUCAAGCAUCUGAAGAGAUAUAGCAACUUGAACAAUCAGUUCAGCUUCUCCUUUGUGGAGACCUACACGGUCCAGGCCGUUAGGCUACGGCCCCGAUCCCAGGCAGGCUGGGUUGACGACAACUCUGAGGACAACGUGGAGUUUGAGACCAAGAAAACACCCUUCAUCUCCUCUGAAGGGACCUACCCUUGGAAUGUUGACGGAGAGCUGCUGGAGGUGCCCGGUGAGCUGCUCAUCAGGGUGCAUCCACAGCUCAUCACGCUCUUUGGUGUGAAUGUGGAGGAGCUCGAAGACUGCCCUGUCAAGUGCAGCUGCAUUUAAACAGAUUCUUCCAUGCAGGAAUGACACGGGUGCUUCAUCUUGCUGUCCUGAACUUCACAUGGGCAAUUGUGAGCCAGAGCAGUUUACACUGUGGAUUUACAUGAUUUAAAGGUAGAAUUUGCAAAGCUCUUUUUCUGUGUAAAAAGCCAACAGAAAAUAGUGAGUUUCACUCAUUUUAGUGCAGAUCAAAUAUUUGAAAUAAACCAAAGCAAAUGUUAAUUGCUUUUUAGAAACUGCUUUUUAGAAACAGCUUUUAAAUAGACAUUUCAGAGAACUAUUUAUAGGACAAAAAUAGUAAUACUUUUUCCUUUUCAAAGUUAACACCUCUGUAUUGAAAAGUUGUGUUAGUUCCUUUUCAUUAAAUUAGUCCCUUUACAGCAAAGGCAGUAGAAUGAUGGGGUUUCACUCAAGGCACACUAUAAAAACAUAUCCAGUCUUUCACUGGCUUUGGCAAGCACUUGCGGAAAGCUGCUUUGUUUGAAGGCUUCGGUGAAGGUACACAUGGUACUGUAUCGGCGAUGGCCUGGUGAGCGUGACAAAUCCUAGGAGCAAUAGUGUAGGCAAGUGGCACUGCCCCCUAGUGGGCUGGAAGGCAGACAGCCAGACAUAAUACAAAGUCACCUUGCUCUGCAAAGAAAAACAAAUAAAUAAAAACAGUAGUGGCA